ACUUUCUUUUGUCAACAAGGCAUGUAAUAGUUAUGAUUUCCACGGCCUAAAAGAAGGUGGCUUGAGCGUUGAGAGAUAUUGAGGUGUCACGGUGUCUGGUGGAUGCCGUUUGCUUUUGUUAAGAAAAGAAGCCCGCCGAUCGAUUGAUUCUCUCUUGUCCUUUUCCUCUUAUCUUACACUGAUCCAGCCAUCCACAAACCAUCCAACUACCUUUUCACUUCCUUGCAGCAAGGAUCUCUCUACGUAUCAAAUCUUAAACAUCAACGCACUAGUUCUCCGAAUCUCUCGACUCUCGGUAAGGCAACACUCUCUUCGCCGUUCGUUUGUCAACCCUGGGUGCCUGGGGUACCGCUCCACGUGGUCAGGGUCCCACCUCACAUGAAGUCUCCAUCCUGUUUCUGUUCUCAUCUACCCGAUAAAUGUCCUCGUCUUUGGCCGUUUGAGAACAUCCUCUUGAUCUUUGACAACUGACUUCUAUAGACUCCAAAUACCAAUAUGGCUACCAACGUCUCCCAUGGUCGCGGUGGCGCCGGCAACCUUGGACCCGACGACACCCCCUACACAGAUGGCGAGAUUGUGCGUGAAGGACCAACCGGCGACCAGGGCGAUGGGCCUUACUCUGCAGGCCGUGGAGGUGCUGGAAACAUUGAGCAUUCCUCCAAAGCCAUUGGCAGCACACCGCACGACCAUGAAGUCGUCCCCGAGGUCGCAACACGCCCGAGCGUCGAAGAACCACAUCACGUCGGUCGGGGAGGCGCAGGCAACGAGGCUCGCCUCACCGAGAAGAAACACUCCUUCGUCGACAAACUCAAGAGCAUAUUCAAGUGAGAGUCAGCACACGAAUGACGGCAAGGGCUUGUUGGUCAAGAGAACAGAACAAUAACAUGGACACCACCCUAUUGAUACCCAGCCCGAGGUUUUGUUCUUUUUCUCUAGACAGACAACGGCCAGGAGCCAGUGGGUAACGGCGAAUGGAGGACAUGUCAGACAGCAUAAUAGUACCACGACGAGAGAAAUCGAAUUACUUUUUCUGCUUGUGGAUUCCUUUUUUGCCAAUGCCCGCGAAUUGCCGCACAUGUCAUAAUCAGUGGAUCCUGUAUGUGGAGUUUAUGGUGGAAUCUGGUAUGCCAACGUCUACAAAAAUGCACUUGUGACUCUUGAGAUGCGGGUAUGAUCACGUGAGUAGAAAGUAAAAAGUCACUUUGUGCCGCGGGUCGGACCAGGAAGCUCUUAUUCUACCCACAAACGUACCCACAGUAGGUACCCUUAGCAUGAUGGGUGGGUUGAAGUACUGUUGGUACCUUUUCACGUGGUCUCUACCAGGAUACAUAGUAUAGUGUGUACAUGAUGCUCAUGAAUAGCUCUUUAUGCAUCCACAUUUCAGUGAGGAGGAGAACGCAGGUGGUGGAGAAGAAGCGUUACAGUGCUGGGACCAACCCUUGACAUCAGCGUGGGAAGACAGGAGGCUGGGGAUGUGCCUCGUGAGCAAGGGACUUCACAAGCAGGGAGGUUAGGUACCUACCGUAGGUAGGGAA